AUGACCAUGCUCAGCUCGUGGUCUCCCUUUCGUGGAUCCAUGCACCCAGGAGAGGUAUAUGGUCCCAGCACGGUAAACAAACAUACUUUUGCGCCAAUGAAUAGGUCGAGUGAAACGCGAGCUGGACGUACACGUGCUACCUUAUGGGGGAUUGUAAAAUUGUCAACUCCGCCUUCAGAUCCAAUACCACACUGUGAUUUUUUUCGAGAUAGCAAAUUGGUCAUGGAGAGCACUUCGCACAUAGGAAUCAAAGCAUUAUCUGAGAAAGUUUUGGUAUUACUAUCUACACUGACCUCAUACCCAGAGUCUUGGCAUAAUUGGCUUGAACGGAAUGAUCAAAUAGUGAUCGAAUGUCUAGACCUAGCUCAACAGGCUUUGGGCACCGAAAUCGAUUGGGAGAUAGACAGACUUUGGGCCGUAGGGAUCGUAGCAGCACUCACAACUAAUGUACCCUCCUACUCAGACCGGCUGAGGGAAAGACUGAGCUCACUGUCUUGGACCAAUCAAGUGACUGUCGAGAUAGAGAUGACCAAAGCGCGAUGUAGAUUGAAAGAUGAGCUCCACGUUCCGUUUGCGAUUGUAGACUUCGAGGCGGCUACGACAUACAGAUACAAAUGCUUGAGGCAUAGAGGCAAGGACCACGAACCCGCAACACAAUAUGAUGGUGCAAAGGAGUGUCUGGAAAGGGCUGCGCUGUUUGCUCAUUAUGAUGCCAUCAGGGUAAAAAGACUACCUACAAGGGAGAGCAAAGUUUAUGGGAUUAUCUCACAAUAUCUUCUGAGAAGCACUCUUCCUGAGGAGGAAGAGCAGGUCGAGAAGAUUGACUCUAAGCACCUGUUCAACAAACCUUUGAAAGAAGACUUAACGGAUCACAGAAGACCACCAAACAUUGGGACUACACAAUUUCUGCUAGAAAAUUGUAAGAGGGCGCUAUCAAACUUGAUGUUUGACAAAGCAGCAGCUUUCUUGAAGCCCUUGAUUUUACAAACUUUGAUUCAUCCGUGUUUGGAAUUCGAUGUGAUGGAGUUCAUGAACAGCAUAAAUGAUGUUACACAAGCCGCUCAGGUUUGGUCAAAGUUAUUUCCGAACUUGGUUCCAAAAGAAAUCGGAUUUGGGGAGUAUCAAUGGAUUUUUGCACAAAAAACUCAAAUACCUUACUGGAAUAAAUAUUCCAAGGAUUUGGCAGAAUCAUUAGGUUCAAUUGCCAAACCAAACGAGAUUCUGAUAGCCUUCUGUGGUCCAAUUUACAGAUCACACUCAUCUACAAGCGGCUGGGAGGCAGAUGUUAGCAAUGAACAUGGAUAG